AUGCUUGGCUUUUGUUAUGAUGUACAUUUGUCUGAUUCAGUGACAAAAGAGGAUUUUCAGAAAACAAUGAGUAACCUUACACAAGAGUCAACCGUUAAAGGAUUCGAUCUUGCGUUAUCUUCUCGUGUAAUGGGGCCUAAUCAGUGGUUCAAGAACUCUGUUAGUCUAACUAUUACAUCUCAAUUCUGA